AUGUGGGAUUUAAAUAAAAUACCAAUUUAUAAUGAAGAAAAUAAAUCACAUCAAUUAGAAUGUUUAAAAACAUUAGAGAAACAUGAAAAGAGUUUAAAAUUUUUAGAAAAGAUACCAGGUGGAUUUUGUUCGAUUUCAAAUGAUGAUGAUAUUAUAGUUUGGAGUGAAGAAGGUGAAUUUAAAAGAAGUAUAGCUAGAAUCCAAAAAGAGUAUACUCAUGGUAUACUUUGUGUAAACAAUUUCAUAAUUGUUGCAGGACCAUCAUCACCAUUUCUAAUAGCUUAUCAAUACGAUCAAGAGAAUAAAACCGCGAAAACAUUGGGUCAAUCAGAUAUAACUCAUAAAGAUAUUGUCACUAGUUUAUUCAAUAUCUCAAAUGACAGAUUCGUAACAGGCUCAAAAGAUCAAACUAUCAUUGUAUGGUGUUCAAAAACAUUAUCACCACUUUAUCAACAACAUUGUAAAAAUUCAAUCAAUUAUUUAUUUCCAAUUUGUUCAGGUGAUUUCUUAUUGGCAACAAUUAAUAAGGGUUUUAGUAUAUUCGAUACUACAAAAGGUGGUAGUACAAUGUUAGAAUUUUCACCCUCUUCAAAAGAGGAUUCAAAUUAUAUAGAAAUUAAUGGUGCAAUCACAUUAUAUAAUAAUACUAAAAUUUUAACUUGGGCAGGUUCAAGAGUUUCAGUUUGGAAUUGGCCUCAUGAAAUAAUGUAUAAUGGUAAUACUAAUAGUAAUAAUAAUCUUAAUAGUAGUUUUAAUGGGAAUCAAAAUAGUGGUAGUGGUCAAAGUUUAAGUAAUAGUUUUUAUGGUGCUUUUAGUUUAAGUGGUAGUAUUGGUAAUAGUAAUAAUAAUAAUAAUAAUAAUAAUGGUAUUAAUAGUUUAAAUAGUUCAAAUAGUAAUAAUAAUAAAAAUAAAUUAAAAUUACCAGUACGUCCAACAUUUAUUGGUGAUAUGAAAGGUCAUACUGAAUCUAUAACUUGCGUAUCAAUAUUAAGUGAUAAUUCAAUUGCAACGGGUUCAUUGGAUAAUACAAUUAUACUUUGGAAAGAUGGUAAAUAUCAAUCAGAAACUAGAACUUGUGUUGCAAACUUUUUAUUAAAUGAUUUUCAUGCUAAAAAUAAUGUUCAAUAUAUUGAACAUUAUGCAGAUGAUCAAGAGAAAAUAGUUUUAAUUCAAGAAUCUUAUUCUGUUGAUGAAUCAAAUUUUGAUUAG